AUGGCGAUUUGUGAAGAGCGUCAUGGGAAUCAGAUUGAUACAAAGAUGCUGCAAGAUGUCAUGAGUAUCUUUAUGGAAAUUGGCAAAAACAUAUCGACACCAUACUAUGAAAACUUUGUGCAGAAGUGGACUUCCAACGAAGAUGAGAAACUAAUCGAGGCUGUUGCCCUUCAUGGUGCAAAGAACUGGACCUCAAUAGCCUCCAAAGCAGGGCUGAAUAGGAGCGGCAAGAGUUGCAGGCUGAGAUGGGUGAACCAUCUAAGACCCAACAUCAAGAGAGGCGACAUGUCUGAACAGGAAGAGGAGUUGAUUAUUAGGUUGCACAAGCUUCUUGGAAAUAGGUAA